CGGGAAGCUCCGCCCCGCCAGGGGGAGAACGCCGGGGACAGUGGGUUUCUCUUCCGGGGUAUUUGCCGUACCCCCCCCGCCCGGCGGGUUCGCUUCCGGCUCCGUCCGGGGGACCCGUCUGUGGCGCUGCUGCCGAGGGGAGCGCGGGGCUCAUGGAGCCGUGGCUGUGAGGCGCCCCCGGCCCGGGCCCACUGUGGGAGCCGGGCGGAGGCCGGAGCCGGGAGCAGCUGGAGCCGGAGCCGGAGGAGAUGGACAAAUUGACCAUCAUCUCAGGAUGCCUCUUCCUGGCCGCCGACAUCUUCGCCAUCGCCAGCCUGGCGAACCCGGACUGGAUCAACACUGGCGAGUCUGCGGGUGCUCUCACAGUUGGCCUUGUGCGACAGUGUCAAACCAUCCAUGGACGUGACAGGACCUGUAUUCCUCCACGGCUGCCUCCUGAGUGGGUCACUACGUUAUUUUUCAUCAUUAUGGGAAUCAUUUCACUAACUGUCACAUGUGGUUUGCUGGUGGCUUCCCACUGGCGAAGAGAAGCUACUAAAUAUGCCCGCUGGAUAGCUUUCACUGGAAUGAUUCUAUUCUGUAUGGCAGCCCUAAUAUUUCCAAUAGGAUUUUACAUCAGUGAAGUUGGAGGUCAACCAUAUAAAUUACCCAACAACACAGUGGUUGGGUCUUCAUAUGUACUGUUUGUCUUAUCCAUUUUCUUUACAAUAGUUGGACUUUUAUUUGCUGGCAAAGUUUGUUUACCUGGCUGAUGAAUGUCUGAACUGUGGGACUUCAUUUUGGAAAAGAGCAAGACAUCAGAAUUGCAUUCUCAGGAGGAUGCCUGGAUCAGACUGUCAAACACGUACUGAAAAGAGGAAUGCUUUGACUUGUUCUCACUAUGCACUUUGGAUGAAAAAAGGAGAGCCUUUCCCAUAACCAAAUACAGACAACACUGACUAAUCUCCUGAGCAUAUUUUAAUGCAGUCAGGUCUGCACUGUGAUAGGAACUAGUGAAGAAUGCUUCACACUGAGAAGCAUAAUGCCCUGUGUUACUGUACAGUUCCUGUUUUUAACGUCUCACGAUUUGGAAGUCAAUUAUGAACUUUGUGGUAGACCAGAGGGUUGCAGAGGAAUUCAGGUGAGGCUGGCCUCACUGUUUAGGAGAUUACUAUUUUACAUCUUCCUUCUAAUGAGCAAAGCCUUUGGCACCAAUGUGGAUCAAUCUUGCAUUACUGCACCAAGAAGCCAAUAGAUUAAAACAUGUUCUCUAAAUGUAUGUAAGAGCAAGAAGAUACAUCCCGUGCUCCCCCAUAAGCUCUAGAGAAACACUAAGGAACAUUUUAGAGGGUUUAGAGGGGGAUUUCUUCCUUAUAUUUAUAUAUAUAAAUAUAUAUAUAUUUUGCUGAUGCAGUAUACAGUGUGUGUGUGUACGUGUGUGUGUAUAUACACAUAUAUGUAAUAUAUGUAUAUACACACAAAUGGUUCCUGGAAAAGAACUCGGAACGCUUUGCUAGCAAAACACUGUGGUGUGCAAAACUAGGACUCAAUAGAAAAAAGCCAUUUCUCUGAAGGCCACAUAGCUGAGAGUCUUCAGUUUACCUCAUUCUUUGUAGCAGCCCUUGAUUUUAACAGUUUUUGUAAUAGGUACAAAUGAUCCCAUGCCUUUUUAGGUGCAAUUUUAAGUUAAGCUAAAAUUCUUUUUAUGGUAAUUUAUUUGUAUAUGAGGGUAGAAGGUGAAAUCAUGUCAUACCUUAAAGUUAAAAUCCUAAUUUUGGGAAACUGACACUAUUUAAAUUAUUAGCAGCUGUUGUACAGAGUCUCUUUUUCUACUGCAUUGUCACAUUAGCAUUCAUACAUGUUCAAGCACAGCAUUUUACCACAGGUAAGCAUUUCUCUAGCACAUGUAAAAUGCAAUGCUCAAAGUAAUGCAAACACUAUUCCACUGAAAGAUGAAUGAACUUACUGUCACUUAAGUAUUAAAAUGAGCAAUAUAAUUGUUUAAAUAAUAUAUGCCUUGUUUACUGAAGUUAUUUUAAAUGUGGAUUUAAGGGCCACCCAAAUUUGGAGUAAAUAUUCAUCACUAAAGGUAGUUUUAUUUUUCAGAACAAAGAUAAACCUUGGAAUCCAUAGAUGUCAUAAUUCACUACUCCAUCUAACCUUGCAGGAAGUACAAUUUAGUGUCCCAGGAAAGCUGCCCUAUUAGUAUUGUCAGUAUUUUCCAGUUAAUACAUGGUUUAUCUAAGAUUCAUUAUGAAAACAAUAAAAUUCUAUAUUUCAACUGCUGUUUCACUGAGCUUAUUAGAACUGUGUUACUGAAUAGACAUUUUCCUAACACAUUAGUGAAAGUGUGUGGUUGUUAAAAUAUUCCAAAGUAAUCACUUAUCUGAUAAGCUUAAGUGUUUGAAAAUAAGAGAAUUCGCACAAUUCUUUUAAACUGUGUGCCAUUCACACCCUAAUGGGUCCCUGUCCUCCUCUUCCAUCUUUCCCCUCUCUCCCUCCCAAAGGUUAUUUGCUGGAUUAAGUCUUUUUUUCUUUUGAUAUUUUUUAACAAACUUGUCACUGCAAUGGUCUAUAAGCAACUUCUUUCCAGCCAGCUCACUCACAGGUGGAAGGAGGUGAUUAUGGAUCACUACAUUUUUCUGAAGUGUAUUAAUCUGUAAAUAUAGCCAGGCACCAACUUGGAGGCAAUGGUUUAAAUAUGAUUUGAUUCCUAAUUUAAGCCUUCUUCUGCAUGAGCUGCCUGAAAGCCCCAGUGAUGUUGAUGGAGACAGAACACAAGGUUCAGCUGCAGCAUGUGUGUCUGAAUUUCUGAUGUUACAGCUGCUGUAUCCUAAGCUGAAGUAUUCACUAAAACUUAGAUUAGAAAUUAUGAUUUUGGGGAAAAAAAAAACA